AGGGGAGAGCGCGGACCAAUCAGCGGCGGGGAGGGGCGGCCCGCCGGGCUCGCCGGCCAAUGGGCGCCCGCGCGCGCUCUCAGGGAGACCCCGUAUGGGAGCGGCCGCGGAGGCCCGCCCUGCGGAGUGAUGGGCGUUGCGCGCGGCCAAUAGCGCGCCGGCUUCGUGGGGGAGGUGGGGCUGCGGAGUGACGGACAGCUGGAUUCGCCAAUCAGCCGCGCGGGUCGCGCCACCGGGGAAGGCGGACAGGCAAAGUGACGGGCGCGCGGACCAAUCGCGGCUCGGAGGCGUCGGCCACGAUGGUGCUCCGCGCCAAUGAGAGCGGCGCUCCGUCUCAAACUGUCCAAUGGGCACCGCGGGGAGGCGGGGCGAGCCGCCGGGCUGCGCCCUUGGAGGGACGGCUCGGCGGCGCCGCGAAGGUGGCGGACCCGGCGCCAUCUUGUCUGUGGCUCCGCCCCGGUGCGAUCCGCCGACCCGCACAGCCCCUGAGCCGCCACAACGCGGAGCGUAUCGCGAUAGCAGCGCUGUGGCCUCCGCAGCCACGGCCUGGCACCGCCGGUGUCGUAGCGUUAGGCCUCGUCACGAUGCUGAGCUCUGUCACGACAUGGAGCCUCGGCCCUGUCACGACAUGGAGCCCUUGGUCUGUCACGACAUGGAGCCUUGGGCCUGUCACGACAUGGAGCCUCGGCCUGUCACGACAUGGAGCCUUGGCCCUGUAUGACAUGGAGCCUUGGGCCUGUCACGACAUGGAGCCUCGGGCCUGUCACGACAUGGAGCCUUGGCCCUGUCACGACAUGGAGCCUUGGCCCUGUCACAACAUGGAGCCCUUGGCCUGUCACGACAUGGAGCCUCGGCCUGUCACAACAUGGAGCCUCGGCCUGUCACAACAUGGAGCCCUCGGCCUGUCACGACAUGGAGCCUUGGCCCUGUCACGACAUGGAGCCUCAGCCCUGUCACAACAUGGAGCCCUUGGCCUGUCACAACAUGGCAGCGCUGCCCCCACAGCCGGGCUGGGAGCUCCUGGACUCUCAUCAAAGCCCCCCCAGCAACAUCCCACCCGGCACAGCCUCCAUCCCACUGCUGUGGAGCAUUGAAGCACUGCGCUGACCCCCAGCCCCUUCAACCCCCCCCACUUCAACCCUGUUUUGAAGCCCCCCCCAUCACCACUUCCCCCAUUUCCUGGGGCUCUUUUGCUGUUCUAUUUUCUGUUCUAUUUUCUGUUUUAUUUUCUGUUUUAUUUUCCUCCCUCUUUAACCCCACCCA